AUGAGCCAGAUGCCAAUCUAUGGAGCUCGCGAUACUCAUGCGCAUGGAAAGAGGUCUCCAGCAGCAGGCAGAGCUUGGAAGAAGGCAAGAGACACUAGAUAG